AUGGUUCAGUGUCGUCUAAAACUGCUCAAGAACAAGAGAAGUUGCAUCGUGAAGCAGUUGCGCGAGGAUGUGGCCGAGCUUCUACGAUAUGGGCAUGAACAGAGUGCAUUUGACAGGGUUGAGCAGCUAUUCAAAGAUGAAAGUAUGGUGAAAGUAUAUGAUCUGAUUGAGAAUUUUUGUGAAUAUAUAAUCAUUAAUCUUUGCUACAUCCGCAAACACAAGGACUGUCCAGAUGACAUUAAUGAAGCAGUGUCGACUCUGAUUUUUGCAUCAGCAAGAUUUGGGGAUUUGCCAGAACUUUGGUCCAUUAGGAAACUCUUUGGAGAGCGCUAUGGUCAGAGUUUCACAACGGCAGCGCUUGAAUUACUCCCUGGAAAUCUUGUGAACAAUCAGAUCAGGGAGAGUCUUCCCAUACUAAAUGUGCCAGAUGAAGUGAAGUUCAAAUUGUUAGAUGAAAUUGGUAGGACUUGCGUUGAGCGAGGGUUGCUGUUGCUUGAGUACAAACCCGAGUUGAAGGAAGAAUCGGUAACCAAAACUAUCGGCAAUAAGAUUUCGAGUAGUGAUGACCUUGAAAUGCCAGUUUCUAUCAUUGAAGAGACAGAAGGAAAGAUUGUAUACAUUGAUCUGUUGUCCGAGAAGCAAACACUUCCAAAAAGUGCAUUCAAUUCUUACAAAUUUACAGAAGUCCAAAACUCGGCUCACAUUAUAGAAGAGAAACUAGAAAAGUCUUUACAGCUUAAUGAUAUGGUUAAAUUUACUGUUUUAGAGUUUAUUGGUGAAACUAAUGGUGGAGGCAUGGCGGACGAAUUGUCUUCAGAAAUUUCAGUUCGACUACCAGAAGAUGAUGACAUUGAGGAAUUUGUGUCUCCAUUGAGUAAAGAUGGAAAUUUUCAGGAUCAAAGAUUAUUCAUGUUCAAAUCAUCUGCCAUUCCCUUGAAACCUAAAAUAGAUUAUGCAAACGAGAAUGAUCUUAAGGAAAAAAUCAUGCCUCGAAAUGAGAAGGUAUCAAAAAACUCAGGUGGGAAAAGAUUGAGAAGAUCAAUUUCUACAGAGAAUGAAAAUGUGAACGACGUUGAGUGUGCAAACUACAAUAUAAAAUCUCUUAAUCGGAGGAAGCAUCAAAAGAAGAUUUCAGUCGAAGACAAGAAUCGAAUUCCAGAAAAUGAAAAGCACACUUACUCUGUCAAAGUCCAGAGCAGCUUAAGUUUUGUCAAGUACAGAGAGAAAGACUUGAGUUGUAGAGAAACCGAGGUGUUUACAAUGCAUCAUAGUCUAGAUGAAGAAACUAAUCAAUAUGGAAGAGAAACGGAGACUGAAGAACCCCAUUUAAGGGCAAUGAGUAUGCCUACAGAAAAUGUUUUAAGGUCGAAUUAUUUCCCACUUCAACAAAUUAAUGGAUAUCGCCAUAUCCAUCCAAAGCUUCCAGACUAUGAUGAACUAGCAGCUAAGUUCAUUGCUCUCAAAAAAGCAAAUAAGCAAAACCAACUGAUUUGA